CGCUCCUCCACGAGGCUCCUGUCUACUUGCAUUGCAGCUGACAGUAUAGCGCCUGUGUUUUUAUCUGACAAAAUUUCGCUGUGGCACCAUUGAACAAGAAACACAAAUGACUCCUCAUUUUGAAGCCGUAUGUUUUCUGUCUUUUUACGUGUGAAAGAGGGCUAAAUCCGGCUAGCAUCUUCUUCAAGCUAACAAGUCAAAGUAGGCUAUAAUUAGCUUUAGCUACAUUGCUACAUUUUCCAUUUGAAACAACGCAACGUUCGCUGGAAAAGAUUGCUAGCUAGCUAAAUGUGACAAGCGGUGCCUUAGAAACUGCAAGGUCACUGGAGUCUGAUUACUACCUCAGAAGCAAAAAAAAAAAAAAAAAAAAAAAACGCGGAUUAACUGGUUUUAGGAACGCCCCUGGGUGUACAGCAGCCUUUUUAUAAGAGCGGACACGCAAACCUGACUUUAUUGAUCAGAAACAAACGGGAACCUUGCGACCAUAGAGACCAGCUGGGUUGACAAAAAGAACUGUGACGGGCACCGAGCGUCACAGAUAAGGCUGAACAAAACGGAAAGCGUCGCUGUCACGGCUUUUGUCCGCAACUUAGUUCUGUUCCGUAGUGCAAGUUUCUUUCGCUAAAAUCCAAUUUGGCAAGGGGCUUAGUGCAUCGCCAGACAGCAGAAGGUGAGAAUACAGGAAAGCGGCAUUGUCGAAGCUGAGAUUACUGCUGUUGGCAAUUAUAGCCGUUAUCUGCAGCUGGUGGUAGCAUAGGCUACUGCACUUUUUACAGGAGAAUAAAUUAGUUCACCCCACUCGCAGAAAAAUGAUGCAGAUUUCUGACUCCUACAAUCAGAAACACUCCCUCUUCAAUGCCAUGAAUCGCUUUAUUGCUGCAGUUAACAACAUGGAUCAGACCGUCAUGGUGCCCAGUCUUUUAAGAGAUGUGCCACUGUUGGAUGAGAAGGAGGUGGAUUCAGUCAGGACGGCCGGAAACGGACCGGAUGCCUACUUCUAUGACAGGGACGUGUAUAGUUACUACGUUCUGCUGAAGUCCAUCAGAGACGAUAUCGAGUGGGGUGUGUUUCAGGCCGAGGAUAGGAGGAAGGAUAAGGUCGACAUCACUGCCCUGGACCUUUCCAGAAUGGAAAAGGAAGGCGAGGGCGAGGACCUGGAGAAACUUUUUCACUACCACCUGAGCGGACUGCACACGGUUCUGUCCAAGCUGACACGGAAGGCGAACACCCUCACCAACAGAUACAAGCAGGAAAUCGGCAUCGGUAGCUGGGGUCACUGACUGAUGCGGAUUGCCUACGCCAAAAUCACCACAAGUUCGCCCGUCCAUGAUCGGAUUCAUUUUCGUGGAUUGGAGUGAAACUUCCCGCGACUGAUGAAGUUCCGAAGAACUGAAUGGGCGAGAUCAAGAGGCGUGAUGGGAAUCGACUCUACUGCUGGUGGUUCAGUCGUGUUUUUAAUAACAGGAAACAAAAGAUGUUCUUGGGUUGGUUGAUGUGUACUGCUUGCUGUUUGUUCUUUGAUACGUUACAUUUCCUGCUUUUUGCACUAUUUCUGCUAUUGUAUGUACAACAUGUACCAGACCAGGGAUAACUUGGUGGCUUGGCAUUCAAAAUAUGUGUAGACUAAUUUAUUUAUGUAGGCUAGUAAUCGCGCAGUGUGUAUGUCAGUGUAUGUACUGUAUGUGGCCGUCGAAGCUUUACGUUUGAGAUAUUAAUGGUAUGCACUUUGAUCUAAAUCUCCCGUAAGGGGUGCGCGCUGAAGAUUUGAGCUUAUAGUUCGCUAGUCUAAUGAUGCUGGGUGAUCAGACACUGUAAACUACUGCAGCUGACCCAUGUCGUUACUGCAGUGAGGAGGCUUCCAUUGUAGGCUACUUACGCCAAUGACUCCAAAGCCUUAAAAUAUAAUAAUAAUAAUAAUCUGUGAACUGGAAUCAGAUGACAGUUCUAUGCUUCUAUGCUGUGAAGAGUAUUGAUGGUUCCAUGAGGUUGAGUAAAUGCAUUUACAAAGAUGCCGUUAUUAUUAGUAUCCGCACAAGUACUUUUUUUGUAUCCAAAACUAGUAUACAGAAAAUAAACAUCUUUAAA